UCUGUCCACAGCAGCAGGCGGACUCCAGCUCCCAGAAUGCCCGAGCAGAGUAACGACUACCGCGUGGUGGUGUUCGGCGCCGGCGGAGUGGGGAAGAGCUCGCUGGUCCUUCGGUUUGUCAAAGGCACCUUCAGAGACACCUACAUCCCCACCGUGGAGGACACAUACAGACAGGUGAUCAGCUGUGAUAAGAGCGUCUGCACGCUGCAGAUCACCGACACAACAGGAAGUCACCAGUUUCCCGCCAUGCAGCGCCUCUCCAUCUCCAAAGGCCACGCCUUCAUCCUGGUGUUCUCCAUCACCAGCCGCCAGUCGCUGGAGGAGCUCAAACCCAUCUACCAGCAGGUCACAUGA